AUGCUGUGUAACCUUGAAAACCCGAUUGAGGCCCCUUGCAAACUGAAGAUUGAUGAGCUUAGGAAAUUUGCUACAGAGCAAUUGCAGGAACAAGACUUGGACUAUGGCUCUGAGCUGACGGCCAUCUCUGAUCGCGCCACAUCUGACUCUGAGAGUGGAUCUAAAGAUGAGGACAUCAAAUCGGCAAAGGAUACCCGCACUGGUGGUCGCGUCCCGACUUCAAGCCCCCCUGCGCAAGAGCUAACCAGCGGGAGUCCCUUGUGUUACUGUGAUGAAACCAUCAGUACUCCAGCUCCCAAACCGGCAAAGCCCGUAACCCGGCACAAACCGGCUAAGCAACCACCCGGUGAGCCCCAACGGGAAGUGAAAAAAUCACCACAUUUGUGGCAUCCAGGAAUGACGCUCAUCUUCUCUACCUCGCAACAGGAUGAAGUUCCUGCGGCGUCUUGCUCCAUGCCACACCCGCCAGCAACAACCUCAAAGAACGUUUCCAUCAUUGAUUCACCAGUGGGACGCAGAAAAUCUGAACCACUAACCCCGUCCAAGCUUCAAGAUCAAUCACCGGUUGCAUCACCAUCCAAGAAAUCCUCCGGCAGAAUCAGUCCGAUCCUAAUUGAUAUCAUAUCCAGCAAAAUUCCCUCUGACGCAGCGCAUCUUGCGAUAAAACCCAACCUCUUCCAAUCUGACAACAUGCAGAUUUUAACAACCAUCAAUUUCUCAAAGUCAUUGCCGGAAAACACAAAUUCCAGUGUGAAUGAUACUGCCCCGGCCAUCUACAUGGAUGUGCCGUUGGACGCGGUUAACGUUCCCAUUUUGCCCUUGAAUGCCAACUGUAGUAUGAAUCAUAUUUCCUUGGAAAUCUACUUGAAUGCGCCGUUGGAAAUGUGUAACAUCCACCUUCCGCACUUGAUCUUACCAGUGAAAAGCGUAUCCCUAUUGCCACAGAAGAACAAUAGUCUCAAAGUCCAGGACAAUCAGCUGUGCAAGUCUAAGCGCAACAGCACCGUUAGCAAAGCCAUUGUGCCCAUGGAAGUGGACACUGAUUAUCACAAGGCCCCCAUUGAGGAUCCUAUUGAAGAACCCGGGCCGCGCACCAUCGACGAUAUCUUCCAAUGGCUUGACAAGAAUAUUGAAGCGGCAAAGUUGCGACUUCAGUUGCCCCCCCCGCCAUUUGUGCCUCUGACAAGCAUCACGUCACUCCAACAACAACCAGAGAGUCAACUCCCACCAGCGUCCCCAACAACCCACUUCAGAUCCGCUAAUUUUGAAUUUUGGGAUGACACGUGCUCUAUGCCAGAGAAAACUGAAGCUUUCAAAACUGGCAAGCCCAGCGUCUGGGACAGACCUUCCACCAAGGGUGAGGAGAACACCCCAGCCCUUGAGACCGCCCCUGCCGCUUCUCAGCUCCCACAAGCUGGCUCAAAGCUCCCAAGCGUUGACGAGGAGCAAGACUUGUCUUCCCCGCCACUCCCAAAGGCAGAGGACAACCCCUCAGCCCCUCCUCAGCUUCCAGGGGCUGUCUCAGAGCUCCAAACCAUCAACAAGGAGGAAGCCUUGCCUUCCCCACCAUUCCCAAAGGCCAACAACGGCGCUCCAGCCCUCCCUCAGCUUCCAGGGACUGUCUUGGAGCUCCCAACCACCGUCAAAGUGCACGCCCCGUCUUCCCCGCCACUCCUGAAGGUCGAGGACGACACCUCAGCCUUCCCUCAGCUUCCAGGGGCUGUCUCACAGCUCCUAACCGCCGUUGAACAGCACACCCUGUCUUCCCUGCCACUCCCAAAGGCCAAGGACGGCGCCCCACCCCCUCCUCAGCUUCCAGGGGCUGUCUCGGAGCUCCCAACCACCGCCAAAGAGCACGCCCCGUCUGCCCCGCCACUCCUGAAGGUCAAGGAUGACGCCCCAGCCCUCCCUCAGCUUCCAGGGACUGUCUCGGAGCUCCCAACCGCCGUCAAACAGCACCCCCCGUCUUCCCCGCCACUCCCAAAGGCCGAGGACAACACCCCAGCCCUCCCUCAGCUUCCAGGGGCUGUCUCGGAGCUCCUAACCGCUGUCGAACAGCACGUCCCGUCUUCCCUGCCACUCCUGAAGGCCAAGGACAACGCCCCAGCCCCCACCGCCAAAGAGCACGCCCCGUCUUCCCUGCCACUCCUGAAGGUCAAGGACAACACCCCAGCCCUCCCUCAGCUUCUAGGGGCCAUCUCGGAGGUCCUAACCGCUGUCAAACAGCACGCCCUGUCUUCCCCGCCACUCCCAAAGGCCGAGGACGAUACCUCAGCCCUCCUUCAGCUUCCAGCGACUGUCUUGGAGCUCCCCACCACUGUCAAAGAGCACGUCCCGUCUUCCCCGCCACUCCCAAAGGCCGAGGACAACGCCCCAGCCCCUCCUCAGCUCCCUGAAGCUGCCUCAGUGCUCCCAACCGCCAACAAGGGGGACACCCCCUCCUCCCUGCCGCUCUCAAAGGCCAAGGACAACCCCCCAGCCCUUCCUCAGCUUCUGGGGGCUGUUCCAGACCUCCCAACCGUUGACAAGGAGGAAGCCUUGUCUUCCCCGCCAUUCCCGAAGGCCGACAACGGCGCUCCUGCCCUCCCUCAGCUUCCAGGGGCCGUCUUGGAGCUCUCAACCGCCGUUGAAGAGCACACCCUGUCUUCCCCGCCACUCCCAAAGGUUGAGGACAACCCCCCAGCCCUUCCUCAGCUUCCAGGGGCUGUCUCGGAACUCCCAGCCAUUCUCACAGAAGCUUCAUUGGAGCUGCUAAUCGCUGCUGAGCAGGACGUUUACUUUUCCCUGUCACUCCCAAGGGCUGAGGACGACACCUCAGGCUCAGACUCUACAACUGCCCUGGCAGCAAACCUUCAUUUUGAGCCUUGUCUAUCACCUUCUACCAUAGUAAUGGAAUCAGCUGAUCUGCACGAUUUACAAGCUUCCGCAUCUCACGCCGACUUCCAAGGAUACCAAACGUUGUCUGAAGCGAGUUAUGAAUCAGCUGAUGCAGGUGAUUCAUUUGGCGACAACUCCUUCAAUCUGAGCCCUACACACCUCUCCAGCAUUCCUUGCAAGCCUGUCUAA